AUGGCCAAGAUAUGUGGGGAAGCCAUUCAAGAGGCAAGUCAGCGCGAGAUGAGCACGGACCAGGUCGGAAGCGUCAUCCGGUCGUCAAGCAUUAGGCAGUUGAAAUCAGAGGUCGACAUUCCCUGUAUUUUCACCAAGACUCUCAACACAAUUGUUGAGUCUCGCUCAAACUCGUCUGUUAGAAAUCCAACAUCUCUACCUCGAAAGUCUACGGGUGGGGGUCGUCGCCCCUACAAACUCACCAUCAUGUCCUUGUUUCAUAUCAAUGGCUCCGGUCCCGACGGCCAGCACAUGGCGAUGCUUGAUGGCAAAUAUCUCAUUGAUCCUCAGCCAUUUCCACUUAUACUUCAAUAUGUCGGAUUGAUUGACGCUCCCAGCAGCCAUGCUCCUACCGAACUACCUCACCCCCUCCAUCUACAAUUCCGCCCAGCAGUUGUAGUUUCGGUCGAAACACACGAGGAUGGUGCCAAAAAUCUGCGGUCGAAGAUGCUUAAAUUUCUCGCCGACACUGAGUUCGAGCGCCAGUUUCUAGGCGUUCUCAUACUGGCCAUUCCGACGGGCGCUGCUUAUCCAUCGUCAUUUUGGAAAAGCAUCAUAUCAGUCCUUGAAGAAUUCCGCUGCUCUUCUGUUUUUGUCUUAUCAACUAGGACAUUUGUUAAUUUCCCUGAAGGUCCGUACUUCACCAAAGAUUAUUGCCUCUACCGUACGUGGAGGCUGUUCCCGGAUGUGUACGAGGCGUUUCAGCUCCCCACUAUCCACGAGGCGAAGUCGGACAAAUUCAAAGCCGUAACCCUCAUGUGCGACGGCAAGCUGAUGGUUCCAGUUCCAUCGAGACUGCACUUCCAGAGGACACAACAGAUACCACUCAACGGCCAGCGCGUGACUGUGAAAGACAUUAUCGACCUGAAGGGCGUUAAAACCACAGGCCAAUCUAGGUCUUUCGAGAAGCUCUAUGGACCUUGCACAGAGACGGCUGCCAUAGUAACGAGACUGGUUGAGCUUGGCGCAGUGAUCGUUGGCAAGACAAAAUGCACCCAGUUUGCCUCAAGCGACCAACCUACCGCCGAUUGGGUUGAUUAUCACUGCCCAUGGAAUCCCCGUGGCGACGGUUAUCUCUCUCCUCGGGGAAGCAGCACCGGAACCUGUGUUGCCAUUGCUGGCUACGACUGGGUGGACGUGGGCAUCGGAUCUGACACGGGUGGGAGCAUACGCGGUCCAGCAUCAGUGAUGGGUCUGUUUGCCCUCAGGCCAAGCCAGGACCCCAAGAAUAUGGACAAAAUCCUCCCCAUCAUUCGGAACAUCGACACACCUGGAGUUGUCUGUCGCAAUGCAGAACUCUUCCAUGAACUCUCUGCGUGUUUAUUCAAGGCACAGACUUCGAGUGUACCGCUUCGGCCAACAAAACUCCUGUACCCUGUUGACUAUUGGAGUCAGUGGCCUGAUAACUCAAUCAAAGACGCUAUGGAGGCGUCAGUAACGAAGCUUGAGAGCUUUCUAGGAAUCAAAAGAUCUGUCAUCAACCUGGCAGACCGAUGGCUAGAAGAUGAUCCAGCAGGGAACGGCUUGGCGCUGAGAUCCUACCUUCAAGAUACCUUCAUGAAUCUACUCUGGAAAGGCUACUACGACCACUUCCUGAAAUUUCGACGAGACUUUGAGUCCAAAUACUUCCAUCCACCAUAUGUCCAUCCAGUCAUCCAAUAUUGCUGGAAGCGCGGUAGCCAGGUCUCAGCUGGCGAUGAGGAAGUUGCGCAACAGCAGAAAGCAGUGUACUCUAAGUGGCUCAGGGAUAAGGUGUUCAGCGGCGACGGCUUUAAUACCAUCAUGGUGUUCCCCUUUGGGGAUCUAGCCCCGUUCUAUCGAGAUGAGUACCGAAAGGCGCCCGACGAUAGGCCAGGCUCUUGCGGCCGGACCCUGAGAGAAGACCACCAAGCAAGUCUAGCAGGAAUUCCAUGCAUCGUGGUGCCAGUCGACCAAGUAUCUCAGCCAUCCAAGGUCACAGGAGGCAGGCAGCUUUUGCCGGUCGCAAUUUCACUCAUGAGCGGUGUUGGUGAGUGCUUCAUCGAAGCUGACAAGAUUGUCGAUGCCUGGGCUUAUACUGCUUUUAGAUACUGA